CCUGGCAGUUCUGUCUGAAAUAGGGAAGAGGUCAGGCGACGGUUGCGAGUGAGCGUUCGGUAUGGCUCCGGAUUAAAAACUUAAACCCAACGGAAAAAGUACGAGGUUCGGCCUUGAGAAUGAAAUGAGGCUGCCCGGAGUGCCCGCCUUGCUCCUGGGGGCGCUCGUCCUCCUCUUGGGGGGCUGCGAGGGCUCCUCCUCACACUCCCUGCAGUAUUUCUACACAGGAGUGUCAGAAGCCAACCAGGGGCUGCCUGAGUUCAUCAUUGUGGGGUACGUGGACGGCGAGCUUUUUGUUCAGUAUGACAGCAACACCCGUAGAAUGCAACCUCGAGCAGCCUGGAUCAAGAAGGUGGAGGCGGAGAAUCCCUGGUAUUGGGACACGGAGACCCAGAAACAACAGACCACUGAGCAGGUGUUCAGAGAGAACCUGCGGAUCGCAAUAAAUCGCUACAACCAGAGUGGAGGGUUUCACUCCCUGCAGUGGAUGUACGGCUGUGAGCUGACGGAGGGCAGGAGCAAAAUAGGGCACAUGCAGUAUGGCUACGACGGGAGGGACUACCUCGCCCUCGACAAGGAGACCCUCACCUGGACGGCGGCCAAUUCCAAGGCCCAGAUCACCAAAGAGAAGCAGGAGAAGGAACCAGCCCUUGCCCAGAGAUACAAGGCCUACCUGGAGGAGAUUUGCAUUGAGUGGUUGCAGAGAUACCUGGACUAUGGGAAGGAGACUCUGCUCAGGAGAGAUCCUCCCGUGGGGAAGGUGACGCACCAGGAGGGCUACGAUGACAGGGAGACCCUCGUCUGCCAGGCUUACGGCUUCUACCCCAAGGAGAUUGACGUCACUUGGAGGAAGGAGGGAGAGGUCUUGCAGGAAGGCACUUUCCACAGGAGCGUGGCCCCCUACCCGGACGGGACCUACCACGCCUGGCUCAGCAUCGAGAUCGACCCCAAGGAGAGAGACCAGUACCGGUGCCACGUGGACCAUGCCAGCCUGGGGGAGCCUCUGAUCUUGGCUUGGGAGGCGCCUGUUUCUGCUUCCAACUUGGGCCUCAUUAUUGGGUGCGUCAUUGCGGCUCUUCUCCUGAUCGUGACUUGGGUUGCUGGCGCCUGGGUCUACAUCAAGAAACGUCAAGAAGGCUACAGAGCAGCAGCAAGUGAGUACAGCUUUCCUCUUUCUUUGUUUGUAUUCCAAGCUUCAGGCUGCCUCUGAAGCUCUUGGAUUACAUCUCCCAUCAUCCGUAGCCAUUGAGAGCAGUUGCAGAGAAUUAUGGGGAGGGCAGCAGUCUUGCUGAUCAAUAGCCUGUCCUUUGAGUGCAGUUGGUCUCUCAGUCGUUUCCCAAGGUCAGUUUUUCCUCCUGUGGUGUGUGAGGGAGGCUUCAGUUGCAAUUUGCUUCACAUCCUAUGGUUAAAAUGCUCUUUUAAAAAAUGAAAUAAAGGCCAGGGAGGGGCGUGGGAAGGAAAAGCACAAUCCCGUCCUCUCAUGUGAGAUUAACACACAGCGAAGAAACCGCAGUCGAGGAACAUGUGCUGGUCCUUUCAUUGUCUGGGCUCCCUGGCAGCCAGAAGGGCAGCAGUCCAGUCGCCUCGCGGACUCGUAUCACUCUCUGCCUGGUGCCACCUCUGGCCUGCCUUCCACGUCGCCCCUUUCUACACUUCCCGUCCCUUCCCCAAACUCACUUUUUCUUCAUGCCUUUGGCACAAGUUCCUAGUACUGUGUCCGUGUCUUAUAGCAAAGUUCUUCAGCAUGGUACAUUUCCAGGGUGCUGACUACCACUCCCAUCAUCCUUGGUCAUAUCACACAUCAGUCUUCUUCUCCCGUGCAAGGUCUCCUGAUGGUGCUAUAAAAGUGAACAAAUAAAAUGUGGAAAACGGCAUGUAAGGACUAUUCCAUUAAAGGUGUCGUAGCCCUAAAAAAAAACUCUCACUUGCAGUUAAGGCUGGAGAGGCCAUUGCUGGAACCUUCCUGGGGGUUGGGAGGCCCCCAAACUAGAGGGUGAAAACUAGAGGAAGGCAAA